GCUACUUUCGAUUUGUCGACGAAGCGACAAGAAAGAAGUACCGGUAGGGAUGUGGAGAUGGCGUUGCAGUGGGAAAUAAAGACUGCCCUGGUCCUGGCCUUAUUGAUCAGGACAGGGAUGGUUUUAUACGGAGAAUGGCAAGACAGAAAUUCCAUUGUAAAGUUUACAGACGUGGAUUACAAUGUGUUCACAGACGCAGCAGAGUAUAUGACUCAGGGAGUUUCACCUUACAAUAGAUCCACAUAUCGAUACACUCCAAUUUUAGCAUGGAUGUUGCAGCCCAAUAUCACAAUCUCGCCUCUAUUUGGAAAGGUCUUAUUUGUUCUGUUCGAUGUUUUGAGUGGAUACCUCAUAUACGUCAUGUUGAUGUCAGAGAAAACUGGCCAAGUCCGCUCUCUCCAAUGUGCCUUCAUGUGGCUGUUAAACCCUUUACCGAUCGUCGUUUCAUGCAGAGGAAAUGCAGAGUCCAUCAUGUCAUUUCUGGUACUACUCUCUCUAAGACUGUUCCAACAGAAUCGGAUCAUACUCGGAGCUGUUGUGUAUGCACUCUCAGUCCAUGUAAAGAUAUACCCUCUGACUUACGGCGUGGCACUGUAUUUGUACUACAGCAGAAAUAAUGAGGAGGGUGGACAGCGGUUAACGCUACAAUGGAUACAGGAGAAGUUACGGCCCUCUAAGGAGAAUGCAACUUUGGUUGGGGUAUCUUUGUUUACCUUUGUCAUUUUAACAGGAACAUGUUAUCAAAGAUAUGGCUGGAACUUCCUACAAGAAACCUAUCUCUACCACAUCGUCCGGCGAGACAUUCGACACAAUUUCUCCGUCUACUUCUACAUGCUGUACCUGACAGCUGGCUCCCCCUUUGCGGGAAUCAUUGGCCUGACAGCAUUCCUACCUCAACUCAUUCUGAUUGUCGUCUGCUCCCUGAAGUUUCACAAAGAUCCACCAAUGGCUUUUUUUCUCAAUACAUUCAUCUUUGUGACUUUCAACAAAGUGUGUACGUCUCAGUACUUUCUUUGGUACCUGUGUUUGCUGCCUUUAGUGUUGCCCAGUUUAACUAUGUCCAUUUCAAAAGGAAUCACACUCAUUGUAGCCUGGCUUCUUGGACAGGGAAUUUGGCUGAUGCCAGCAUAUUAUCUGGAGUUUGAAGGGAUGAACACUUUUUUCUGGAUCUGGUGUGCAGGACUGCUAUUUUUUCUGAUUAAUAUCGCAGUGAUUGCAUCUAUUCUGGAUAGCUAUGUGUACACACCCUGGGGAAGAGGUAUUCAUAAACAGGAAUAGCCAUUCUUGAUCUCAAACUCACAAGUGACUGGUAUUUGCUGGUGACAAAAGACUUGUUAAACAUGAGUGAUGUUCGAGGAAGACUAUCAUGAUAACAUUUUUCAUAUUUUUUUUUUUUUA